GGACCCACCCGCGUGUGGGCGGUCGCUGACGCCCCCAUUGCCCUUCCUCCGAUCCGCUCCUCUCCCUUCUCCUCCUCCUCCUCCUCCUCACGUCGACCUCCCUCUGUUCCUCCUUAGCUGCCGACGGAGGAUGAGCUUCGACGGGUGAGAACGGAACGGCUUCUGAGUUCCGACCUCAAAGGCACCGUCUUUGAUAUUUACCAUUAUUCGAUCGAAAAUAUAUUAAAAAGGGCCGGCAGCUUUAGGCCGUGAUCGAGUUACGGGCCGCAGUCAAUUGAUGGCGAAGGAAUAGCGAUUUUCCGGUUCUCAUUUCAAACUUCAAAGGCUAUUUACGAUUGUUGAAAAGAAAAUAGUUCCAAGAUAAAGAAAUAUAAUUCAUCAAAGUAUCAGAUUCUCACUGAUCUGAAGUCAAAGCUGGGAAUUAUCUGUUGCUGCCACAGAUCUGUGCCUAGGACUCUGUGAAAUAUACUCCACCUGUCUUUCAAGAAGACGCAUAGGAAAGUGGCUAAAUGUUUUUUAUUGCUACUUUCCUAUGCUAGUUUCUUUUUCACUCGCUGCGGUGAAUGUUGAUGGCUGUUCCCUCUCUGGAACUACAUAGUGAGGGUGAGACUGACAGGCAUCCUUUGCUGAUGGAUCGGGCAACUACUUCUAAUGGACAUGAACACAUAAUUGAUGUACCACGAGGCAUUAAUGGAGAUGUGGAUAAUUUGUUUUCUGAAUCACAUAAUCUGGAUGGAAAUUCAACCAACACAACUCAUGUCUUGCAAGCAUCUCCAGUAUCACCAGAUGCUGCUAAUUCCAGAAAUGCUUCCCUAAUUAGGAGAGGUGAUAAUUAUGGUCGACGUGGUAGAAGCCCAUUAAAUUCUGGUUUGUGGAUCUCAGUUGAACUUGUUGUUAAUGUGAGCCAAAUUAUAGCCGCUAUCAUCGUGCUCUCCUUGUCGAGAUAUGAACAUCCACAAGCUCCAUUAUUUGAAUGGAUCAUAGGUUAUACAAUAGGCUGUUUUGCUAAUCUUCCCCAUCUAUAUUGGCGCUACACUCAUCGCAAUGGCCAGGGAUCUGCGCAAGAGUCCGAUCGCUCAAAUCAGAGAACCACUCACAACAAUCCUCCUGAAUCCAAUGCUUAUACAACUAGUUUUGUUACUCAAGCCUCAGGGCGAGAAAGUGACAAUGCCGUUGCUCCCAUAGCACAAGUCGGACAAGACAUGGUAAUUGCUAAUACAAGGAUUAAUGCACUUGUGGAUCAUUUCAAGAUGGCUUUGGAUUGCUUCUUUGCUGUCUGGUUUGUUGUUGGAAAUGUGUGGAUGUUUGGUGGGCAUGCCUCUUCCGAGGAUGCACCUAAUAUGUACAGGUUAUGCAUAGUGUUCCUUACUUUCAGCUGUAUUGGAUAUGCCAUGCCUUUCAUUCUGUGUGCAAUUAUCUGCUGCUGCUUGCCAUGCAUAAUUUCUGUCAUGGGCUUUAGAGAGGAUAUGGGCCAUGACAGAGGUGCUACAUCUGAGUCAAUAAAUGCAUUGCCAACGUACAAGUUCAAAUCUAAGCGGCGGCGGGCUAGGGAUGAGUCCGGAAGUAACUCAGAAGGUCAGGGUGAUGGUGGGAUAUUGGCUCCUGGCACUGACAGAGAGCGAUUUGUUUCUAACGAAGAUGCUGUUUGCUGCAUAUGCCUGGCUAAAUAUGUUGACAAUGAUGAACUUCGUGAACUUCCAUGCACCCACUUCUUCCACAAGGAUUGUGUGGAUAAAUGGCUGAAGAUAAACGCUCUCUGCCCUCUCUGCAAAUCUGAGGCUGGGAGCACCACCACAUCUUGAGGGUCAAAGAGUGAACAUCAUGUUGGAGGACAAUAAAGGUGAGAAGUGGUAUAGAAACAUGGUAAAAAAUGCAGUAAUGCCAUACUUAUUGGCAGAGAUUACCCAUCGACAAUCUGGAUCGACAAUCUAGACCUGGAAACUCUCCUGAGAAAGCCUGCAUUUGUAAAUGUACAUAUUGAAGAGUCUGUAGCCUGUAGCUGAUCGAUCCUGAUUACACUAGAGUUGUUUUUUAUUGGGUGCUUUGGGCGGUUCUCGCAGCUUCCAGAUAAAUGUCUAUAUUCUGUUUGCCUAUACUACCAGAUAAAUUAUGCUUCAACAUCACAUCCGGCAAAAUUAUAGUUGAAUAUUCUCAAUGCUGGAUUAAUUGUGGAUGAAACCAUGUUCUAUUGAUAUAAAGCUAUGCAUCACCAAGAUGGAGAACCGGAAGAUCUCAGAGAUAUAUUGUUCACUAUGUCAUGUAUGGAUAGGUUAAAGAGCACUGCAAUUUUAUUAUCAGCUAAGUGUAGGAGGAAUGUGCUGUUCCACCUGUUGAUGGAUGUAUCCACCGUGGACAAACAUGUUUGAUCAUAAGCAUUCUAUUUUGACAAUGAAUUCUUGUGUUUGGCGUAUCUAAGCUUUUAUUCAUUGACAUUCUCUAUUCAGUUGGUCUAAAUGUAUAUGAAUGUUGAGGACAAUUCUAGUGUACCUGACAAUAAAUAUAUUCCUUCUUGGACAAA